AUGUCUGUGUCCAGAGGCCUUGUUCUGACCCUGCUGUGUGUGGCCUGCAACGGUCAGUGGAUGACCGAAUACGACCAACACUUUAAAAUCGAGUGUCCAGAUCAGCAGAUCAUCAAAUCAUUGGAAAGCCAGCACGACAACAAGUAUGAGGACAGGGUAUGGAACAUGAUCUGCGCCUUGGCCACAAAUGAGAUUAGAAUUGGAGCCUGCGAAUGGAGCGGUUAUGUCAACAACUAUGAUGAACUCCUUGAGUACCAGUGUGCGGACGAACGAAUCAUCGCCGGCAUAGAGAGCAUCCACGAAAACGCAUAUGAGGACAGAAAGUACAGCUUCAAAUGUUGUGUCCCAGAAGGUGUGGUAGCCCACUCCUGUGAGAUAACACCUUACGUCAACGACUAUGACAAAUUGUUCAACUACCGAGUCCCCGACGGAUUCGCCAUCAAAGGCGUCGACAGUGUCCAUGACAACCACUAUGAAGAUCGAAUCUUCAAGUUUGAAAUUUGCAAGCUGGACCGCGCGACGAUUGUAGGAAAAUAA